GCAGCAGCAGCAGCAACAUGGCGUGCAAGUUGAUCAUCCUGUCCGUGAUGGUGGCCGUGGCUAGCGCUGGGUACCUUGGUGCCCCCGCCGUCUACGCCCCCGGCGCGCCUCUGGCUGCCCGAGGAUACGCCGCCUCCGCCUACGCCGCCCCUGCGUAUGCCGCCCCCAUUGCUCGUUACGCUGCGCCCGUCGCUAGGGCCUAUGCUGCCCCUGUCGCCAGGGCCUACGCCCCAGCUGUCGCUGCCGCCCCCGCCGCUGUCGAGUACGACCCCCAUCCGCAGUACAGCUUCGCCUACAAUGUCCAGGACGCCCACACUGGUGACUCGAAAGCCCAGCACGAGAGCCGCAGCGGAGACGUCGUCCAGGGCAGCUACAGCGUCGCCGAACCCGACGGCUCCAUCCGCACCGUCGACUACACGGCUGACCCCGUCAACGGCUUCAACGCCGUCGUGCACAGGGAGGGCGGCGCUCACCCCGCCCCCGUCGUGGCCGCCGCCCCCGCCUACGCCGCCGCCCCCGCGCUGGCCUACGGCAAGGCCUACCAUGGCUAGUCUCGUCUUUUAACAAUCCUGUUUUCUUUGUUUGUAUUUAUAGUUACUCUUUGAUAUAUUUCUAAAAUAUAUCUAUACCCACCUAAA